AUGAAUAUUAAUUACUUCAUUAACUGUUUUUUUAGCGGCAGAAGCUUGAGGGUAUUCUUUUGCAUAUUUUUUGGCGUUUUUGUUAAUAACGUAAAUUGCGCAGCUUGGAGAACAAAUUGCACCGAAAAUCAUAACUUGCAUUUGUCGAACAAUUUAACCCACCGUAUAUUCGCUAGCAAAUGGUACGAUAUUAAAAGUAUCAAAUUGAAAAGGAAUAUCGUUUUCGUGAUAAAAAAUGCCCAAGUUCCCGCAAAAAUUACCGCCUUCAAGGUCUUCGCUUUGGAUUAUUCCACCUACAUCAAGGUACUUCGACUGUCUUUUUCAUUCUACACACUUUUGUCGUCGAUGGUUGAAGUGAAAAAUUAA